UUGCUCUGUGCAGAUUUUGCAACAGGUGUGCUUAGAAGGUGUGGCCUGUGCAGGAAGAUCUGGAGUCAGUGGUGAGAUAUGAGUUCACGAGGAGAAGCUCUGAAAAGUUUUACCUGUUUGAGUUAGAAUCUUUUAAAAUGUACAGGUGGAACAUGUUGCAGCUCCUGCAUGUUUCUGUCUUGUGGUUCUACCUCCUCCUCCCCUCAUUGCUCUGUGACAACCUGUAUUGCUACUUCAGCCCCAUCCUGGAGAACGAGUUCAAAUUUGAGCUCAUUGUGACAGUUUGUCCUCCAGACGAGCUGUGUUUCAAGGCAGACGGUCGCUAUGGAAACCACAGUGCCCUGUCGGCUAGGGGAUGCAUGCCGAAAAAGGACUGCAGCCAGGUGCACAGCCUCAGUCUCAGAGGAACCGUCUAUACCAUGAGCUACGGCUGCUGUGAUCAGCCGUACUGUAACUCCUGCCCGGGCGUCACAGCCAAAUCCCUCUACAUCACUUUAACACUCGUGACUGUAGCUGUGAUGGUCGGCAGCUUGUGACCAAAGACUCCUGGUUUGCUUUGUUAUGAGCAUCUUUAGGAGUUCAUGUCAAGGAGGAAGGGUUGGCUCAACAGCGAUCUGUAGUCUCUGCAGCCUCAGCAUGGAGUAAUGCAGAUGGCCUGCAGAAAUACUGUAUGUGGUGAAUGCCCAGUUUAAAGACACUGAGGUGUGCACCAAGAUGACGGUAGAUUUCAUCGUGUAUUGUUUUAUAAUAUCUUAGUAACUUAUCAGUUUUAUUCUGUUUUAAUGUCUAAAUAAAUAUUUGAAUGC